AUGUCGAAUGAAAUAAUUAAUAGCGACGAUUUCAACGAUUUGAGCGAUGGUGAUUUGGACUAUUUAAUUACUUCCACAGCAGAUACCAAUAAGAACAAUAAUGCCAUUGUCCCUAAAAAUACCACUAUCACCACUAAGGUCGACAAUAAUACACCUAAAACCAGCUCUUUAACAACUUUUAACAACAGACCAGCUAAUUGUAGAUCCCACACAGAAUACCAAAGUAAUCAUUAUAAUAAUUUAUCAACAGCAUCGUCAUCAACAACAUCAGGAGCUGCUGUUGAUUCACUUACCUCCAUCAACAAUAAAUAUAUUGAUUCAGAUGAUUCAGAUGAUCUAGAUGAUUAUAUAAUAGACAAAUCAACGCAACCUAUUAUAGCUGGAUCUGCACAUAAUACUACAACAACACCAAAAAAAUAUAAAUACAACAGUACCGGAUUGGAUGAUACCAUAAAUAAUACAAACACUGAUAAUAAAAUACCUUACAACGAGAACAAAAAUAAUACCAGCAAAACCACUGAUAAACUCCCCGCUACCAAUACUGCUUCCACAUUUACAAAGUAUGUAGAAAUAAAUUUGGAUCAACAAAGGAUAGAUCGUAGUUUAGCUGCACCAACACAUCACCAAUUGGCCUAUGAUGAAUUGCCCAUAUAUAUCUAUCCAACAAAUUUCCCCAUACGUGAUUACCAAGUAGAUAUAGUCCAGAAAUCCUUGUUUCAAAACGUGUUAGCCACCAUUCCCACCGGUACUGGGAAAACGUUUAUAGCAUCCACAGUAAUGCUGAAUUAUUACAGAUGGACUUCCACAAAAGAUUCCAAAAUUAUAUUUAUGGCACCAACAAGACCGUUAGUGGCACAACAAAUUAAAGCAUGUUUAGGUAUAACCGGAAUCCCAUACGACGACACCGCAAUUUUAUUGGACAAAUCAAGGAAAAACAGAGAAACAAUUUGGGAGACUAAAAAAGUGUUUUUCACUACUCCGCAAGUGGUGGAAAAUGACUUGAAAAGAGGAGUUCUGAACCCUAAACAUAUUAUUUUAUUAGUUAUCGAUGAAGCCCAUAGAGCUAGGGGCUCAUAUGCAUAUGUUAAUGUUGUUAGUUUUAUCAAACGGUUUUCCACUUCAUUCAGGGUGCUAGCUUUGACUGCAACACCGGCCCAGGAUUUAGAAGGUGUCCAAGAAAUAGUCAAUAAUCUAAGCAUUUCUAAAAUUGAAUUGCGAACAGAGAAAAGUGAAGAUGUAAGCAAAUAUAUGAAAACCAGAGAUGUGGUUAAACAAAUUGUUCCCUUAAACGAAGAAAUGGCCGAUAUCAUUGAAAAAAUUGGCGUAGCUAUAUUGCCAGUAUUACAAGAAGCUAACGAAUGUAAUUUGUACGAUGAUACCGAUCCAUCAAGAAUAAAUUCUUUUGUAGCGUUAAAUAAGUCGCAAAAGGUGAUUGCCAAUCCUACUUUACCCGAGGGUUUGAAAUGGAAAUAUUAUUUCAUACUACAGUUACUUUCGCACGUUGGACAAAUGUUAAAAAGAUUGAAAAUUUACGGGAUAAGAGUUUUUUAUAACUAUUUCCAAGACAAAUUAAUUGAAUUUAAAACAAAAUAUGAUUUGGGCAAGUCUACUAAUAAAACAGCGGCUUCAUUUUAUUAUAACCCGAUCUUGACACAAUUGAAAAAAGAUGUUGAAAGGUUAUUAUUGACAAGGAAAUACGAUUUUUUAGGUCAUGAUAAAUUACAACAUGUUAAAGAUGAACUAACGGAUUUUUUCCAUAACAAUACUAGUGGGAAUGAUGACCGUAGAGUGAUUAUUUUCACUGAGCUAAGAGAAUCAGCUUUAGAAAUUGUGAAAAUUAUAGAUUCGAUGAAUGACGAAAAAAUCAGAUCACAUAUUUUUAUUGGCCAAAGUAAAGGGAAAGAAGGAUUUGAUGAUGUAAAAUUUACUUUAAAGCAUAAGAAAAAGGGGAAAAAAUUAAAAGACAGAUUGGAAUAUGAAAAGGAAAAAGUUGAUUAUUUGCAAUCAAAAAAAGAUGAGCAAAAACAAGCAAAGGAACUAAGAAGUUCAAGUAGAACCUGUUCUUCAGAAGAGGCUCAACUUAGCGGGAUGAACCAAAAACAACAAAAACAGGUUAUCAACGAUUUUAAGAAGGGUAUUUACAAUGUAAUUGUAUGUACUUCUAUCGGCGAAGAAGGUUUAGAUAUUGGAGAGGUUGAUCUAAUCAUUUGCUAUGAUUCGACCAGCAGUCCAAUUAAGAACAUCCAGAGAAUGGGUAGAACAGGUCGUAAAAGAGAUGGUAAAAUUCUAUUAUUAUUAAGUUCAAAUGAAAACAAAAAGUUCGAACAAUCUAUGAGCAGUUAUUAUGCUUUACAAGACUUAAUCGCCUCUGGGGAUCGUAUUGAAUAUCAAAAAAGUGACCGAAUAAUACCUAAUGCUUAUAACCCGCAAUGCCAAUAUGAAUUUAUAGAUAUAAAUGAAACUAAUGAUGAAGUAAACCAUUUAGAAACAAUGGAUGAGGUUAUUAAGUUUGCCACGCAAGCGAUGUUGGGUAAGAUCAAACCGCUGAAAAGCACAACUGUUCAAAAAAAUAAUAAGAGGAAAAAUAUUGACGCAGGUAAUACGAAAAAAAGGCAAAAACAAUUUUUUAUGCCAGACAAUGUGGAAACUGGGAUUAUAUCUGCUAUUAAAAUGGUUGAGAAAAAAAACUGUUCAAACAUUAAUCUAGAUGUUAAAUCCAAUGGCAGUGGUAUUCGUAGGUGUGAGAUUAGCAGCGAGGAAGAAGAGGAAGAAGAGGAAGAGGCAAAUGAGAGAGAUAUAAUAGAGAAAUUCUUUAAAAAUAAUUAUAAACCUAAACCUAGUAAGAUGGAAAUAUCUAUUGAUUUAUCGAGUGAGAGUAAUAUAGACCAUGAUAACACUGAUACCUCAACCACUACAACUACAAGCAAUAGCAGCCAAUUGAUACCGCAUUCUAAAAUAACAAGAGAUAUUAAAAACAUGUUUGCCAAUACUACUUGUAACAAUGCUGAUAACUUGACGGGUGCUAAACAUGAUAUUAUUCCAAACAAGGCUCUUGAUGAUCAAAGACUGAUAGAGUUACUGGAUGAUUAA